GACCAUAAGAACCCUGGUUUUGACAUCUCAUCUCAAAAACAAACCAAAAGAAAGUGCGAUUAUAAAUAUUUUGGUUUUCAAGUUUUUCAAAAGCAAAGCAAUUUUCAAUAACAUAACACUUUUACAUUUCCGUAUUUUGCCGAAUAAUGUUGAUGUCAGGAUUUCCAAAAAUGCUUCCUAUGAUAGUACUUAAACCAUAUCGAGCAACUGGCUUGUUAUCAUUUAAAAAACAUCUUACUCAACAAACGACAUCUCGUUUAGAGCCUCCGCCGAAUGUGGACCAAAGAGAAGUGGACACUCUUGCUAAAUUAGCCGAAGAAUGGUGGAAUCCAACAGGGCCGCUGAAAGGACUACAUUCGAUGAAUUCUCUCCGGGUUCCAUUGGUUCGAGAUGGACUUAUUGCGACAAGCGUGGUUCCACAGGAGCAAAUCCGAUCACCUCAAGUGCUCAGAGGAAUUGAUAUUCUAGAGGUCGGCUGUGGAGGUGGUAUUCUAACGGAAGCUCUGGCAAGAAUUCAUGCCAACGUAGUUGGAGUUGAUCCCGGAGAGAAACUCAUUAGUGUGGCAAAGGAACACGCGACACGGGAUCAAAAAAUAUCUGGGAGAAUUAAAUAUUCGGUUGAAACUGUUGAAGACCAUGCACAGAAGAAUGUAGAAAAGUACGAUGCUGUGAUUGUGUCGGAGGUGCUGGAACACGUCAACGAUAAAGCAGCGUUUUUGGAGCAUUGCGUGAUGGCGUUGAAACCGGGUGGAUCUAUUUUUGUAACGACGCUGAACAAAACGACUGCUUCUUGGGUGGGAGGGAUAUUGGCGGCGGAGUACAUUCUGAAGCUGGUUCCGGAAAAUACGCAUGAUUGGGAAAAGUUUAUUGCACCGCUGGAUGUACAACGGAUUUUGAAAACAUUUAACUGUACAACUAUUUUGAUGCACGGAAUGACGUACGAAUUUUGGAAAAAUAGUUGGUCCUGGUGUAAACGAACGGACAUAAACUAUGCCGUUCAAGCUGUGAAGUUAGUCGAAAAUUGAAAAUACAAAAAGCGAUUGCUUGUAGUUCCUAA